UCCAUUUUAAAAAGUGCCUUCAGCACUCAAUUGCACAAGAAAGGGAUGGAGCUAAUAUGGGCGAGAUUUAUCUAGUGCGUGUUUUCCUUCUAGCAGCUGUGACAAUGUAAAUGAGAUUUUGUACUUCCUCUAAUCAUCAAAAAGUUGUGAAAUGUUUUAUUCAUGUUUCAUAAGAAUAUGUUCCAGGUGGGAAUGCUUUUAGAAUGAACUGUCAGUGAGCUAAAUUCAGGCUGGUGUUUUUGUUUAAACAAAGAAAGAAUGUUUUGAAGUGCCUUGGGUAUAAUCCACUAGAAACCUUUUCUUCACAGGCUCUGCACGAAUGAGUCGGGAGUGACCCAUUUACACAGCAUUCAACCACUCCAGUGGGAUUUGACUACAGUAAAUUCCCAGCAUCGAUCUUCCUUGGCCAUGCUAUAAGCAAAACUAACUGGCAGCCUUCUCAUGAAGCAGGGGGCAUUAGUGUUGGGUGCUGAAAAUGUACUAAUUUGUCCAUAAAGGGGUUCAAGCUUUUGACUGAAAGUUCCAUUAUGGCAAAAGAAAUGAAGGACCUUCAGAAACAGUGGCACUCCAUGAUGGAGACCAUACACAGCAACCCACAUGUUGUUGCUUUUAUGAACUCUCGACUUGGCCGGUACCUAGACAACCACCCCUUUGUCACCUUGUCCCUGCUGGUGUUCAUGGCAGUGUCUGCAGUGCCUGUUGCAUUCUUUCUGAUUUUCGCUAUUUCCACAACCAUCAUUGCCUGCCUUGGCAUGGUCAUCAUAGAAGGUUUUGUAGUGUCCCUGGGAGGCGUCACCCUGCUUUGUGUGCUUGGCGGGCUGGGUUUGGUAUCUCUGGCGGUUUCUGGUCUGCUGAGUGUUAGCUACCUGGCACUUCGAACCAUGCUCAGCUACUGGUCUGAUUCAAAUGGUCUGUCAAAGAAAGAAGCAGCUAAUGGAAUCAGCUUGCCACCGAACAGUUCUCCUGCCUUAGACAAGUCCGCCACUAAUAAGAGUGAAUAAAUUGAACCAGCUCUCAGAACCUUUUCUUGAGCAGUGCUUAUAACAUACUUUUGAAGGAACUGUUGCAUUCUCAAAAUGUUUACCUGUCAGAAUGGCCAAGGCUCCAUUCAUUGAUUACAGGAGGAAACAAUCCAUCAUUAAACGCAUGUCACAUUAAGGCUGUACCGAAGCAUGGCAAAUAACCCAGCAACUGCAGACAGGAUCCUGUUGUGUUUUCUGUGGGUUUAUCUCCCAUUUAGGUCAAUGGCUAUUUUGUGUUGAGAAGAGGGGUGGGUGGGUGGUGUGUGUUGGUUGAUAUAAACUUGGAGGCAAAAGGUCUUCUACUAACAGAUGUUAACGUUCAAUAGUGCUGGGAGGUAACACUUUUUUUUUUAAUGUGGAAAACCACUUUCAAGCCUUAAACUUCUUUCAACACCUUUUUGAUGGAAAAGGAAGCUUGGGCCAUGUUUAAUAGAUUGCUAGAAAUGGAGCUAAAAGAAAAGGUGUUACUCCUUAUGAUUGUAUGUUUUUUUAACUGGCUCUUGUGAAUAGUCUGUGUUCUAAAUUAUUUGGAAACAAUAUCCUAACCCUCCCUUCUCAUGAAUGUUGGUGUUUUGGGGAGGGUGUACAAUACUGGAUGGUUAAGUAUUGUGCCUUAUGUUAUGCAGUGUUUUAAAUAUCUGUAUAUUGAGUCAGCUGUUUUCAUAUCUUUUUUUUUUAAAGAAUUCUGUUGUUUUCCUUUUUGCUUAACUAAGAAUGCUGGUCUUGGAUACAAUUUGUCAUUAAAACUGCUACUUGGCAAUCUGA